AUGAAUAAAGACGGAUUUGAAAAUUUUGAUGAAGGUAAUAAAAUAUAAUUUUUAUUCUAGAUAUUAUUAGUAGUAGACCUUUAGAACAUUUUCAUUAAUUAAAUGAAGUUCCUCAAUAAAAGAAUUUCAACUUUUUAGUUGUUUAAAAAAUGAAUGUAGAAGGACCAAAUCUUGUGCAAAGAUAUAUUGUUGAGCCUCUAUAAUAAGUUAGUUAAUAAGCAGUUGAAGUUUAAAUUUAUAAUCUUAUAAUAGGGUACAAAAAAUGCUAUAAUUUCACUACCAUAAUGGUUUAAAUGGGGAGCAUCUGAAUUGAUCAAUAAAUUAACUUCAACAUUUCAUUAAACCCCAUAAUAACAAUAAUCUUAACUAGAAUCAAACUAAUAAUAAGAAUAAAAUCCACCUGAAGAUGAUAUUAAUGAUAUCCCUGUUGUUUUUGUUGUACCAAAAGAAAUUAUUGAAGGACCAAUCUCUGAAAGAUUAGAGUGGAUUGAAAAACAUAGAGAAAAUUAUGAAGUCUUCAUUCCUCUUGAAAAACCCAUUAAGUAUUUAAUAUUUUUAUACAAGAUUGAAUAAUGUUAAUCCUAUUCAUAAUAGUUCCUCAUCUUCCUCAAGUAGUCCUGAUGAUUGUGAUUGUGAAGUUAGAAGAAUUUCAUAAGAAUUUAAAUCUUAAUAUAAUGAAUCGGAAUUAUUUCCAUCUACAGAGAGUAUUAAAUCAAAAUUAAUGAAAUCUAACAAAAUAUAUGCUAUGUCUUAAGAUGACUACAAAAUUUUAAAUUAACAGAAUUAGAAUAAUCACAAUAAUAAUGAACCUUAAAAUAUUAUUCUCUAUCCAUUUCUAGGUGAAUUGAUACCCAAAGAUUCUAUUUUAGAUCAUAUUAAAAAAUAUUAGUUAGAAUAAUCAUCUGUUACUGUGAUUUAAUCUAAUUUGAACUAAAUAUAAACCCAAGAAACUCAAUAAUCUGUUCAAAAUUAGUUUAUUCCUCUCCAAUUGAAUGGAAUAUCAUUUGAAAAUAAUUAAUAAAAUACAAAUUUAUUAUAGUAAUAAUAAAAAUAACAACAACAACAUUAGAAUUAAUAAAAAAUAGAGGAAGAAGAAGUUUUAGAAAAAUAAUUAGAACCUAUGUUAGAAAUUUGA